ACCAAGUAACUGCUGGAAACCUCGGGAUCUUCUGAUGAGAGAACCUCAGGGGUUCAGGAGUAAGCCCCAGCAGAAGACAAGGCAGGCAGGCAGCCAGCCAUCAAAUCCGCUGAUGUGCUUUCAGCGAAGGGAGGGGAAGAUCCACGGUCAGGCUAUUUCGCAGCAGCGACUGAAGCAGGCUCCUUUUCCGCUAAGUGCUGUUGAUGUUUGGAGGGAUUUCCAAAGCCGACAUCUUCGGUCGAGUGGUCGAGUGAUGUCGUCGUCUUUGUGAAUCAAGCUCGCUUGUCCGUCGACGAGGGUAGUAGCUCACACGCUCACACCCAUGGCUCCGAUGCUCCAACACUCAAAACACUUUCACGACCUGGCUGCUCCCUCGUCCACCUUCCUGCCGUACUGGCUUCAAGAUCGCUUCAGAGGCUUCUCGAGUUGCCACGAAUCGUUCUAGCGACUGUCGAUAGUGAAAAAUGAAGCGAUAGUGAAAGAGGCAGCGAUUCUGACAGAUAGACUCCCGAAUAAGCUACAGUCACGGCUCAGCAAACCUUCAUGACUAGGCAUGGCUAUAUCGCCACCCGGUGUCACGGGCUUGGCGCCGAGAGUCUUGCUUAGAGCAUCCACUGGUACGACGUUAAGUGCUAGUGCUGAGAGCGGCUUCUCGCUAAGCGUCACUAGGGAAGCUUCCGUAGGAGAGAUCAGUUUCUCGUCGCCGGAUGACUGUAGGGUUGCUCCGCAGAUUUCAGCUACUGCGACCAUCGAUCGUUCCUGGGACACCGUGUUAGACGCUGAGCUGAACGGGUUGCUGCGAAGAAAACACCUUACUGCGUGUAAUGCUUCUGGCUGCGACGGCGACAUGGAGGUCUCAGAUCGCGCGCCGAAAUUCGCGAAGGAAAGUGACGAUGAUGUUUCGCACAAGGCUUGUGCGGAAUCUACAGACGAGGUUGGAGCUAGUGAGAGUUGGAGUCCCUCUGGAGAGUCUGACGGCGAGGAAGGAGCAGGAGCAGAGGCAGCGCCGAGCCGUGGUGCCGUCGAGGCUUCAGGUGAUGGGAGGCAGCAUGAGGAGGAGCUUCGUGUGCCGGAUUCAGUCGAUACCGCUGCUGAGUCUCUGACCGUGGCAGAGAAAGCAGCGAACGCAGAUGAAGCAGAGGAAGGAGAGGAAGCAGCGGAAGAAGAGGAAGCAGAGGAAGAAGAGGAUGCAGAGGGAUGCCGGAACAGAGACUCAGGCCGUGCAAUUCGAGCUUGCUUUCAAGAAGAUGUCACUUGACCCCAACGCAGCUGAGUUCACCCCAUCCUUUGCGCCUUGCCCAUCAGCAGCAGCUGCGACGUCAGCACCAUCAGACCACACGCCUGACGCCUCUGCUGCUUCUGCUGGUGUCUCCGCUGCUGGCUCUUCCGCCAAGGUUUAUGCUCCGCCCCCUUCGUUUGCCGCUGAUGCACCAAGUUGCCCCCUCCUCUCCAUCGGCACAAUUCCUGCCGCCAAUCCCAACAGUCCGUUCCCUACGAUUUCUCAGGUUGUUCCUAUAGGACCGCGGGGUCCUCUCCCGUGCCUCCACGUGGCAGCAGCCGAUGGGAGAACGCUUGGAGUGGACGCGGGGAGAGAAACUCCCGUGGAAGGCAGAGUGGGGGCAAGAGUGGGGGGCAGAGUGGUGGCAGCAGGAGCAGCAGCUCUGGCAGCAGCAGCAAGCAUGGGAGCGUGGAGGAUGUUAAAGCUUUUCCCAUGAAUGCAUUAGGCGCUUAUCAUGACUCGCGUUUGUC